GCGCGCAGCUGGCCGGUGUCUCUCUCGGUGCUUGUGACAGAUGGAGCUGCUUUGAGUCGGGACUCAGGGCUGAGAGCAUAUUGUGGGAAAACGGGAGAGACAUUUGGUUUUUCUGUCUUUUGGUCUGCAAUGAGAGGGGAACAGGCUGAAAAUGGAGAGAACUCAACGAACUCGCAGAGCGAGAUGCUGAUCAACCAGCUGAGGGAGAUCACCGGCAUCCAGGACCCUCAGGUUCUGUACAGAGCCAUGAAUGUAAGAAAUCAUCCCCAGCGUCGUGCAAUGAGACAACGGAUGGUGUCUCCCUCCUGUGUACUUGGUGGUUAUUUAGCCACAAUUAGGCCUGUCACAAUAAUUACUAACAACAAGGUUUUGACAGCAGAGAUUCACAAACGUUACAGCAUCAACAAAUACUUCCCAUGUACUGGAUUAUCUCCCGAACUCGACGGCGAACAAGGAGAACCGCCACUAGAGCUCAGCCCUGCAGGAGGUCCACAAUGCCCAGGAGGAGGAGAGGAGAAUAUUAACAGGGCUCUGGAGGCCAGCGCAGAGGAGAACGCAGCGAGAAUGAAGAGGAAGAGAUGUGAAGCCCAGAGUGAGAUGUGCAGUCCUGCAGACUGGAUCCGUCAGGACGACUGGCCCGUGGGCAUCCGCAAUGUUGGCAACACCUGCUGGUUCAGUGCCGUCAUCCAGUCACUGUUCCACCUGCCCGUGUUCAGGAGGCUGGUUCUCAACUACCAUCUGUCCGAGCGAUUACUGGAGAAGUGUAAGAGCCACUCUGACAAGAGGAACAUAGCUUUCAUGCAGGAGCUGCGCUGUCUGUUUGCCCUCAUGGUCGGCUCCACUCGCAGGUUUGUGGAUCCGUCCGCUGCGGUGGAGUUACUGCGAGACGCCUUCAGGACGAGCGAGGCCCAACAGGAUGUCAGUGAGUUUUCCCACAAACUUCUUGACUGGCUAGAGGAUGCAUUUCAGCUUGCUGCCAAUGGAAGUAACGCAGAAGACAAACAACAAAACCCCAUGGUCCAGCUUUUCUACGGUACCUUUGUGACAGAAAGAAGACACGAGGGUAAGACUUUGUGUAAUAUCGAGCAGUUUGGCCAGUACCCCCUGCAAGUCAACGGCUUUAACAACCUGGACGAAUGUCUAGAAGGAGCUAUGGUUGAGAAGGAGAUUGAGUCACUACAUUCAGAUCACAGCGUCACAUCUGGUCGCGAGAGAUGGUUCAAAAAGUUGCCACCAGUCUUGACAUUUGAACUGUCUAGAUUUGAAUUCAACACCCAGCUCGGUCGCCCUGAAAAGAUACACAAGAAACUGGAGUUCCCACAAAUUGUUUAUAUGGACAGAUAUCUUCACAAAAACAUAGAACAGACCCAUGAGAGGAGAGGAGAAGUGAAGAAACUCAAGGAGCAACUCGCAGCCCUUCAACAGAAACUUGAGUGCUACAAAAACUAUGGCUCAGGACCUACCAAGUAUCCUCUGGCUGACAUGCUGCAGUUUGUGCUGGAGUUCGCUACCACCAAGCCUACAAGUGUUUCCCCAGCGGAAGAUCUGAGACCAACUUCACCCUCACCGACUCCUGCAAGCCACCCCCUCAGUGACCCUACCUCCAAAGACAACAGUGAAACUGGAGACACAGAUUCACCGGAGGGCCUGGUUGCCGGUGUUUCCAGUUGCCAGCGGACCCCCAUAUACAAACCCUUCACUCAGUGCAGACUCCCGAUUGACUGCCCACCACACCCAGCCCCGCACAGCAUCACUGAAGAAGAGCUGCACUUUGUUAAGACCUGCCUGCAGCGUUGGAGGACUGAAGUAGAGAAUGACAUAAAUGAGCUAAAGGCCAGCAUUGACAGGCUCAGUCAGACACUCGAGGGCAUGUACUCCGACAAUACUCUCUGCCAGGUCCCCUACAGACUCCACGCAGUGCUCGUCCAUGAAGGCCAGGCAUCAGCAGGUCAUUACUGGGCCUACAUCUACGACCAUGCCAACCAGCGCUGGAUGAAGUACAACGAUGUAAGCAUCACAGAGUCAUCAUGGGAGGAGCUGGAGCGAGACUCAUUUGGAGGCAUGACCAACGCCAGUGCCUACUGCCUCAUGUACAUUGAUGACAGGCUACCAACCCUCAUUACAGACGACACAGACGAUGAGACCGGCCAGGUGCUGCACGGCAUGGACUCCCUGCCAUCCAUCCUCAGACGCUAUGUCCAUGAGGAUAACCGCUGGUUCCAGCAAGAGCUCAGCGAAUGGGAGGAGCAGUUCUGCCAGGCCGCUACCCCACAGGGAGAGUCCACAGCCUCUGCAGAGCCCCCGAACCCCAGUCCAGACGAUGCACACCAAACAGAGGUUGAGCCGGCGCCCCAGUCGGGACCAUCCACUGAAGAGCUAGACCAGGGGGCUUCUUCAGAGCCACAACCAGACACAGAGGCAGAGAAGGAUCCGGAGCCUGACCCCAGAGAAGAUUCAGAGUUGACCCCACCACCACAGAGCCCUGGCUGCCAGCCAGACGAGGGCAGCAGUGCAGCAGUCACUGACACCCUGGUUCCCAGCCAGAGCUCCACCUCAGCUGAGAAGGAUCAGAUUCAGGCCCCUGAAGCAGAGCUCGGUGACCAGGAGCCAUCUGACGUCAGGGCGAAGGAGGACGACGACGCACAGGUGGCAGGCCUCGGCCCUCAAGCUGAAGGUGAGCCAGAGGCAUCCGGAGAGGCUCCUGAACACGAAGCCAAGCAGGAGGAUGAGGAGCAGCGGCGGGUGGUCCCGGCCAGACAGCGACAGACUGAGAACGAGGUCUCGGAAGUGGAGAUCCCGAACGUGGGUAGGAUCAUGGUGAGAGCUGAUGCUGAUGGAUACAAUGAAGAGAUGAUGCUGACUCCAGCUAUGCAGGGCGUCAUUCUGGCCAUAGCCAAGGCCAGACAAGUGUUUGAUAAGGAGGGCCCUGAGGCUGGCCUCAUCAAGGCCUUCCAUGAGGAGUAUUCCCGCCUGUAUGAGCUCUCCAAGGAGGAGACCACCCUGCAGGAGGACGCUCGUCUGCAGCACUCUCUGGUCUACUUCUUCCAGAACAAGGCUCCCAAUCGCAUAAUUGAGAGGACGCUGCUGGAGCAGUUUACGGACCGCAACCUGAGCUUCGAUGAGAGGGCCAUCAGUAUCAUGAGGGAAGCCCGAUCCAAGCUGCGCCUCAUCAAGCCAGAGGACAUGGAUAUGGAUGAGUACUUGCAGUGGCAUGAUGACUACAGGCCUGUUACAGACCGUGUUGUGUACAUGCUGACGGACCAACACCACCCUGCUGAAAACGGGAGAAACGUGGCGUGGACAGUUCUUAUUGCAGUUACAGCGGAGUGCCUCACUGCACUGAAUGAGAGCGCAUCGCGGCUGUUUUGCAGCGGCGAGGAGACCAAUGUGGAGGAAGGGGUCGCCAUCAUGGACGAGGCCGUCAUCCCCUGCCUUCACCUGAUGAGCCGGGACUCGGCUCUAUCCCAGGAAGACCGGGUAGCCAUGGAGAGCAUCCGCAGCCACUGGUGCUGCUGCCUGGGCCAGGACAUGGAUGACUCAUUGCAGGUGAAGCUGGGUGAGUUUCUGCCCAGAGUUCUGGACGGUUCAGCUGAGACAGUAGUCCUCAAAGACCCUCCCAAAGUCCACGUCAACCAGGCCCACGACCUGUGCAGUCGCCUGGCCGCCGUCAUGGAGUCCAUCCACAACACCUCGAUAGUCAGCGUUAAGUAAAGCCCUGAACGAAACCCCCCGACGACCUCCCUGAACCACGCGUCCGAACCUGCGAGCAACAUUGGCCGAUGGAUGGUUGUGUGCCGACCGACUGCGGGGUUGAGACAGAUUAUGUAUUUCAUUUCAUCUGCUGGUUUUAACAUUGCACAUGCAUAUCAUUUUGAUGUUUUACCAUAGAACGCUGUAAGCACUAGAUAGAGAAUGGGGCACCACUUCAAAACUCAGUAAACCACUGGUUCUCAAACUGUGGUACACGUACCACUGGUGGUACGCAAGCUCCCUCUUGUGGUACGCGGAGGAAUCUCGAAAAUAUAUAUUUUUAAAUAAAGUAAAUUCAUAUGAUUCUAUCAAAAUAUUACAAAAUGUCUAAUGAAAAUACUAUGAGAUUACUGAAAUUUUAUUUAAAAUAAGUUUUGCAUUUCCUGUAAUAUUUUGUUUUAAUAUCAGCCAUAUUAAAACUAUAUAUUCACGUUCUUGCACAUAGCACAGUGGUUCCCAACCUGGAGGUGCAUGGGGGGGUUGCAAGGCCUUCUUAGAUAAGGGGUAUAAGAAAACUUAAAAAAAUACUACAGUUUUUUACACAGUAGGCCUAUAUCUUAGUCUUUGGUUCACUUCUGUAAAGAAAACUAGAUGUAAAGUAAAUUGUCUAAUAAAACAAUGGCCAAGUGCCAGCAAAGAAGCCCAUUAAGUCUGUAUGAUUGUUAAAAAUAAUCCAAAAUACAUCGUGCAGACACAGAAUUGCAUAAAAAGUGCAGGAAAUAGUCUGCUCAAAAUUCAUCCAAAUCCCUUGUUUUACGCAAAAGUUCAUUGCACAGUUUUGAAUAUAAUAUGAAUUAUCCAUAAAAUAUGUUACUUAAUCAGUUAACUAAAUGAUAAAAAGGGGUCCUUUAAGGAAAAAGGUUGGGAACCACUGACAUAGUGCAUGCAUACAUUAUUCGUAUACCUGGCAGUGUAUGAGAGUUGUGUGGAAGAGUUUAAAUGCUAGCUCUUUUUUAUUCGGAUUAUUAAGAAUGAACCUGCCUCCUGCGUGAACUGUCUACACACUGCUGUAUUUUAUCGUCGGUCACAAUAGUUGUGCGUGGAGAGCCUUAUAUUUUCUGUGGUGGAACGAGGUGUAAAGUAUGCGAAACACUGAUCUAAAUGAACGAAAAUACAUCAGCAACUUUCAUGUAUGCCUUCUGCCUGCCCACCCACCACCGCCACCAUCAGCAACCCACGAAAAAAGCAGCAGGUUAUGCAAAAAGGUAGCAGCCCCCUGUAUCCAGAUAUCAGUUAACUUCUAAAAACAUACAUUCAUCCUUUUGCUCGCCCCUCCAGAGAGCACAUUGCUGACAGUCGUGGCACUGCGUAGUGGCUCUAAGAACUGUAACACUUCAUAUAGCUGCAACCAGCUUCUCACCAGCCGAACAGUUAUUCAUGAAAGCUGAACCUGCUGAACCGAAACAAGAUGUCAUCAGCAGGAGAUCACAGUCGCUCUGAUUGGCACUCCACAUGGACGUGUUUUAUUGGCCGGCAAACGUGUUAAGUUUAAAAACUGGCAACAAUUGGACUGUCGCUCAACUCUGCAGGAAGUGACUGGAUUGGUACAAUUUGUUGUUGUGUUGCUAAGCAGUGUGAACGCACAAUAAGGCCUUUAUACAGGGCUGAAAAAAAAAACACUAGAUAUAUACUGCACAGUAACAAAUGAUGUUUAUGAGCUUUUUUAAAUAUAUGUUUUAUAUUACUUUGUAUUUUUCCAAAACACUGUAGGAAAUUUUACAUGUAAGUGAAGCUAGAAAGAAAGAUAUCUACAGUACUAUUAUGCAUACAAAUAUUAAUGGCAGGGCUGCUGCACACUCAGAACUAGUCAGUUCAAACUUGAUACUGCCCUGCUGGACAGCACCUUGCUCAACAAAUGUGCCUUUUCUCUUCGUUUGAAAACAUGUAAAACCUUAAAAAGGAAAGACAUAGAACAAGAGAUGAAGUCCUUUUUUAUUUGUUGUCCCAGAUGCAUCGCAGUAUCACAAGUUAAUCGUCUGAAUCAGGAUUUUCUGGCCAGCAACAUGGAGCUAACAGCCAUUUCUGGCUGCUGAUUUUACACUGCUAUUUCACCUGUAGUCUGUGAUGAUACUCAAUAAAUAUUUUAAAUAUUC